AUGGAUCCCGGAUCGCCAGCUUCACAAGCUGCCCAAGGGAGAAGGAUACUUCAGCGGAUACCUGAUUUAACGCUGAAAACCUACAUAGUCGGCCUCCAAAAGUCGUUCAUGGCCUCUAAGAAACUCCAAAGAGCACUGGGACUGCAAGGAGGGCCUGUAGUUCCUUUCGCUGCUCCACCGCCUGUUCCUGGGGAUCUCGUGGAGGCGUACAACAAGGGAUUGAGUGAGUUCGUUUGGGAGUCUAGCAGUCAGAGUGAGGGUAUCUCUGCCGUGGGCUACUCCCAGUUGGGGAGUGAUGACGGAAGCGGCGAAGAUGGAGGGAUCAGCUGGAAUGGAGGUCGUACUCCGUUGUUAAUGCGCAGCGAAGAGUACCUAGUUCUUGGGGAAGAUACCGGGUAUGAACGGGUCGUGAGUGAGAUCUCUGAUGUCGACGAAACUAGAAGGGGUAGAGAAGAGUGCAUAGACGCAGAUGAAGACAUCGAAACGGAAUCAGCGACGUUUGUACCUUCCAAACAUGUCGACGAAUUGCAACUUUCGGGCGGACAUUACGACACCGACACUAAAAUGGAAGCUGGAAUAGCCGGAUCUUCUUCUUCAUACACCACCGUGCCAGCCUCUAGUCUUGAAACGGGUGCUCCAGCAAGUAAUUUCCUCUCAUCCCUGACCCAGCUGGCAGAAACGACCACUAAAAAUCAACUAGAGCCCUCUCGGCAACCGCAACCAGUCAUUGUCAUCAUAUCUCCAGAUCAAGAACAACGAGGCUCCCGUAAGCGACCCAAGGCUCGCGAUUCCCCCGAAACCAUGUCCACUCAAUCAACGCCUCGAUCUCGGCGACGACCGGGUAAGAAGCGGCGCGGAGAUUCAGUCCAGAGCUUUACCACACUUCCAAUAACCCAAGCCCAUGCCUGGAAGACGCCUUUCCCUGGAAACACUGAAAACCUUGCCCAUACCCUUCUCAAUUGGCACUCCGUCAUGCAUCAUAUGUACUCGAAUGCCAGCCAACCCGACCUCUUAGCUUUCCAUCCUAUGUUCGCUUUCAAGCCAUCGAAGCCUAAGAGUGUCCCCCUUGUAGCUGCCAGCUUCUGGAGUACUGGAUCCGAACCACAUAAGGAGUUGUAUCGAAUCGAAGCAGGGGAUGUGGCGCGGCUGUUGUACAAGGAAGUCGACACAUUUGCUAAGAGGCGGGAGAUGGAGAGUGAUAAGGAGAAGGGAAACCAAAAGGUCGGACUGAGAGAGAUAUUCAAGAAGAAGGAUGUCAAGGGCAAGGAACCACGAGAUGUGAGCUUGACGACAGAUGGACGCUGGCGGUUCUUAGUAAUCCGUGGGCACCUAGAUGCAAAUGAGGAAUAUGAAGAGCUAGAUGACGGGGUUUGUGUUGCUCCCUACGCAAUCCUAGCCUUCCCUACGACAGCUGUCACAUACACAUCUGAGUCCUUGUUCAACUGCCCUCCAGAGUCACCUCCAGAACCAGCAUCUACGACCCCAGAGCGGCCAGCUCUCAGCAGAUUCGCAUCAAUGCCAAUGCUCAGCCGGGCCUUUAGCCGAAGCUGCGCAUCUGUUCGCGCUACUUCCACCACGAAUCUUAAUGGGCCGAAACAGCUUUCCAUACCGAGUUUGCAAACUCACGAGGUUCCAAAGGCAACGCCUCCUCCAGCUCUUCUUCGUCGUACACUACUCUGGUUCGAGAUAGCGGGUCAUGUUCCUCUGGUGGAGGGCUAUAGGACUGACACCUUCGCUUGGCGACCAUUCCUAGAGGCUGUAGGUCGGGGAGAGGGGAAAAUCCAAUUAUGGUCUGAGCCGCAUCGUUAA